UUGACAGGAUGCUAACAACAACCGGAUUGGACAGUGGCUGAAUCAAACGUCCAACAGUAAGCUAUUGCAGCUUUCAUACGACUUGAACUCUGAGGCCCGUGAAGGGAUGUACCAAGUUAUUGUGACGAUCGGGUUGGAAAAAAUAUAUCACAACUUCAAGGUGGAGAAAUACGUUUUGCCUAAAUUUGACGUAAAGCUAAAUGCAUCCUCUGAAGUAAGUAUCGAUCAGGAGGAAAUCAAAGCUGAAGUAUGUGCGAUGUACACAUUCGGACAAGCUGUUCCAGGCAGUGUUGAAGUUGAGAUGUGCCGACCUCUAAAUAACUACUAUAGGAGGCAUCCAAUCAACCCUAGCAAUCCGCAGGGAAUCCCUGACGUGGUCGCCCCAUGCCACAAGGAGACAAAGCAGAUGGACAACAAAGGCUGCGCCACGUUUAUCUUCACAAUGUCAACUUUCACAAAAGUUUCGCAAAAGGUGCUGCGAGAUGACCUGCAGAUCCGGGCCAAAGUGGAAGAGGAGGGCACAGGUAUUUCACGGCAACAAGAGCAGAGAAUAACUAUUUCAUACGUCGUUGGAAAGCUGUCUUUCACCGACACGCCCAAGAUUUAUGACGAAGGCUCAAACGUGGAGGGAAAAAUUCGAGCGGUUCAUUACAACAACACGCCCAUUCCCGACAUGCCGCUGUACCUGUUCGAGGGUGAAAGAAGGUCAUCACGCCGGCUGCAGAAUCUCACGACCAACAACGAUGGAGUCGCCACUUUCUCAUUCAGCACGGCUGAACUUAACGGGGACAUCCAACUCCAC